AUGGUCAAAUUUGGUGCCGACACAUUAAUCAGCACUGAUGCGAUCAACCAACGACCAGGGCAGGCCCAGUCCUACCCUGGAGAAACAACAUCCCCAGCAGACAUUCCAGCCCAGCCAGAGCCAAUCCAGGCACCCACCACCUGGAAUGUUCUCGACGCCAGACUUACUUGGAGAAUCAGGCCUUCCAGCGACGCUCGAGUCUCCUUCGGUGCCAUCUGUGCAGUCUCUGGGCAGGUUUUCUGGCGCUUCCGCAAGCAUGUCGAGCGGCAGCACGAAAAACAGGCGAGGAAGGAAGUCCAAAUCCGUUGGCAGCUGCAGGGCCAACUGAAGCCAGGGAUGCAAAAUUGGAUCCACGCUAAAGCAGGGGAUAUCUCUCAACCUCUGGAUCACUUCAACCGGCAGGAGAGACGUGUCUUUAACCAGGUUAAACAAUGGGGUCUCUCUGAUCUGGCUGCCUUCCGCCAUUUGAUCACCGAGAAAUACAACUUGACAACAAACCACACCUGGAUUUGCUUUGGAGGCUCGUAUCCUGGUUCUUUGGCUGCCUGGUUUAGGCUUAAGUUUCCCCAUCUGGUCUUUGCCGCCAUCGCAUCGUCAGCUCCAGUUAGAGCCGUGAUGGAUUACACCGGCUACAACAAGGUUGUCGCUGCGAGUCUGUCGAAUCCAGUGGUGAAAGGUUCCAAAGAGCAAAAAAUCAAAAGCAAACAAAUUGACACGUCUGAAAUNCAUGAAAUCCAGGUCAUCCUGGAGCAGUUGGGAAUGCCAUGCCUGCAAAACUCCCAGGCGGAAAUUGUGGAGGAGUUACGCAACAGCAGCAUUGGGAUGGCCUUCCUCGCUAUGAGACAGUGGUUCUUCCAGACCUGCACAGAAUUUGGCUAUUACCAGACCUGCGAGGACCCAGACUGCCCCUUCUCUCCCCGAAUGACAUUGGCCUCCCAGUUAGAGAUCUGCUCUCAGGUUUACAACAUCUCCUACCGCAACGUCAGCGAAGGGGUCUCUUUCACCAAUGACUAUUACGGGGCCAACCAUCCCAAAGCCAGCCGAGUUCUCUUCGUGAACG